AUGCUCUUGAGCUACAGUUCAAAUAUGGAGUCGAGGAAUGCCCAACUCGUUACUCCUGAGUCAUCUGAAAUAACAACGGAGGACAAUCAGUCAGAGAUACAAAAUUCGGUUAAGCCUGAAGGGGAAUUCGUAUGUAAUGAGGUAACUAUUUCGAAUAAUAGAAACUCGAAAAGCACUAAAAGAAAUUCUUACAUAGACCCCGAGGAUUUGGAAUUUUGUAUUAAAUGUGAUUUAACUAAAACCAACAUCAUAAAUACCUUUCCUGGUAUCGAAUUCAAAGAUGUUAAAAACGCUAUAAGUGAAAAAGUUGACCUUGGAUCAUUAAAGUUUACUCCAGGUGAGAAACAAUUCAUAAAAGAUAGUAUCAGAGAAGGAAAAACAGUUGAUACGAUUUCUGAUGCUCUUCCUUUACGAAGCUUUACUUUUGUAGAGCAAAAAUACCAUGAGAUUGAAGUAGCAGGAGCAAGAAGAACUAAGUUUAAAAAUGCUCAAGAAAAGUUGAUUUAUGAAGCGAAGUGGACACUAAUGGAAGGCGGCACGAGUUCUAGGUCAAGUCGCAGAUCAGCUAUUUCAGACUUGCAAACUUUGGAACAAGCAGCCAGUCAAAUUAUACCGAAAGCACCUAAAAGAAAAUUAACAGACGAAGAGCUUCAGAAGAGGCGUUGUCGUAUGGAAGAAAGAAGAGAAGAGAAAGAGAAAAAAAGAUUGCAAAGAAUCGCUGAGAUGGAAAAGCGCAAAUUAGAGAAGAUGGAAAGAGGCGAGCAGAAGGCCAAGCGCUCAAAAGGUAGCUCUAUAAGUCAACUCCAGGAAUCUUCUGAAUAUUUUCAGCUAAUAAGUGGUGAUAGAAAGCCAAUUGAAUCAGGUAUGCAAAGAAGAAGGGUGCAACCUAGUCAUUAUAUCCCUGAAGUUACGACCAAACGCGAGCCUAGGAUUAUUAUCAAAACGAAAUCUGGAUCUGAUAAAAGUCGAAAAGGGUCCAAGAAAUUGAUUCAUACAUCGAAGGAACAUAAAAAUGAGUCCGUGGUAACGAAAAAGAGAAAAAGGAGUGCAAAGGAUUUGUCUGUCAACCAUGAAACUAAGAAAGGGCUCACGGUGAAAAUUGACAAAGAAAAAAAAGGAUCAAUGGAAGGAAUGCCAGAACAAAAAUUUAAUCCUUUUGAUCCUCUUGAUAUCAAUCAUGAUAGUUAUGUCUCUUUAGAAGGAAGAGAUUUUUAUGCAUUUGACUUUUCAUCUUCUACUGCAGUGCCUCAGCUCUCUUUCGCUGAUAGUGAUAGAACAAGUGUGAUUGCUGAUAAUGAAAAGUUACCGAUUAAUGACAGCAUAGCUGUGGAUAUAAUGGCGUCUUUUCAUAAAAGUUACAGGGAUCUUCCGACGUCAUUUCCGCCUUUAAUGAUAAACUCCCCAACUGGAGAGCGAAUAAUCAAUCCUUAUAAUAGAAUUGGCUUGAGAUUUUUGAUCUAUCCUAAGCAUUAUGAGCUGUAUAUUCUAGCUUCUCCGAAAACUAAUGAAUUGAAUCCUAUUUUCGAGAUUAUAAAGUUGUUUCAAAUCCAUUACUCUUUAUAUUUCUCACAUUCGGAAAAAAUCAAAAAGAUUAUAAUGGAGAGUUAUUGCAAGAAAUUGGAAGAGGCGGUAGAGGAAAACAGCUUUCCAGACUUCAUGUUCGUUAUAGAUAAAUGGAACCUUCUUAUGAUCUCAUUAUCACCAAGCGAAAAUGACGUGGAUUUUAAAGACAUCAACGAAGGCAUUAGGUUAUAUUUGGUUGAGACUGAACGAAAAUAUCCUACAUAUGACGAUUUAUCUCUUGAUAUCUUUUUUGAAGAGAUCGUUAAAGGUUUAGACCAUCUUGAACGAAACCAAGAAACAGAACAACCGAGCCCUCAUUAUGAUCGUAUUCAAUCAAAGAAAGCGAUAGGCACUAUUACUCCUCCAAUAUCUUCAGAGGACGAAAAAGACUGCCAUUGUCUGAGUUCGAAAUUGAAAAAGAAAUUUACACCCCAGUCACUUGUUUCUUCAAAGGCAUACUUGAAUUAUUUGAAGCCCAAAAAUUUCAUUCCCGCUUUUUUUGAAAGGUUAAAGAUGAAUAAAAAAAUGUCAAGAUUCUGUUUACAUCAAGUUUUUUUGAGGGUUUAUUCGAGAAUUGUUUCUACUGAUUCUAGAAAGCUUCGGUCUUACAAGGCGUUUACUGCAGAAGUCUAUGGAGAACUCUUACCUUCUUUUACGAGUGAGGUUCUUUCAAAAGUGAAUUUGAACUCCAAUAAGAAGUUUUAUGACCUAGGAUCUGGAGUUGGUAACACGACAUUCCAAGCAGCUUUGGAAUUUGGCGCAGCUAUUAGUGGUGGAUGCGAGCUCAUGUCUCAUGCAUCGAAACUUACAAGAGAUCAAGAAGUUCUUCUACUGAAAUAUUUAUCACUUUUUGGUAUAAAACAGUUAAAAUUGGACUUUGCAUUACUGCAAAGCUUCGUGAAUAAUAAAAAUGUCAGAGAUGCUGUUCUCAAGUCAGAUAUUCUUGUGGUGAAUAAUUAUUUAUUUGAUGCCAAUUUAAAUGGAGAAGUCGGCCGUCUUUUAUUUGGUUUAAAACCUGGUACUAAGAUAAUAAGCUUGAAGAAUUUCAUCCGCCCAAGAUAUAGAGCAAUGGGAGAUACUGUCUUUGAUUAUCUCAAAGUCGAAAAACACGAAAUGAGUAGCUUCCUUUCCGUUAGCUGGACAGCCAAUAAGGUUCCUUACUACAUUUCGACGGUUCAGGAUUUAAUUUGUCCUGAAUAUUUGUAG